AUGUUCAUCCAAACAGAAACCACGCCAAAUGAGGACUCCCUCAAAUUCAUACCCGGAGUCUCAGUCAUGGAGACCGACGAUUCCGACUCACUUACCGCCGAGUUCCUUGACACUCGCUCAGCUCUCGCCUCCCCUCUCGCCGUGCGCCUCAUGGGUGUCGACGGCGUCAAAGCGGUCUUCUAUGGUCCUGACUUCGUCACGGUGUCUAAAACCGAGGAGUUCUCCUGGGCUGUGGUGAAGCCCGAGAUAUAUGCCAUCCUCAUGGAACACUUCUCCUCCAGUGCCCCCCUUUUCCGUAGCAAAGAGGACAGGGAACGUGCAGGUCCUCAGGACACACGCAUCCUUGACACCGACUCAGAUACUGUUGCCAUGAUCAAGGAGUUGCUCGAGACACGCGUUCGCCCUUCGAUCAUGGAGGACGGCGGUGAUAUCGAGUACCGAGGGUUCACGGAGGAAGACGGGAUCGUGAAGGUCAAGUUGAAGGGAAGUUGCAGAGGAUGCGACUCAAGUGCCGUUACUCUAAAGUCUGGUAUUGAACGCAUGCUUAUGCAUUACGUCCCGGAGGUCAAGGGCGUUGAACAGAUACUUGAUGAGGAGGAAGUCAUCGCUUUGGAUGAGUUCAAAAAGCUCGAACAACGGUUGAACAAAGAGCAGAAGGAACCCAAGUGA